CGGAGCAACAGACAUUUCCGUUGCCUAGUCCGAUUCAGGACUAGCGCGGUUGGAUCCCUGUGGAUUUAAUAGAAUUUGUGAAUAAAACAAGAUGGCAGAGGAAACUGGAGAUGAAAAGAAACUGGUUGCCAAGUUUGAGCUGGAGAGAGAGACUGAGCUCCGCUUUGAAGUUGAGGCCUCACAAACUGUCCAGCUGGAACUUAUGACAGGCAUGGCUGAAAUCUUUGGAACUGAGCUGACACGAAACAAGAAAUUCACCUUUGAUGCUGGUGCUAAAGUUGCUGUCUUUACCUGGCAUGGCUGUUCUGUGCAACUGACUGGUCGGACUGAAGUAGCCUAUAUCUCCAAAGAUACGCCCAUGCUUCUCUACCUCAACACCCACACAGCUCUGGAGCAGAUGCGGUGGCAGGCUGAGCGUGAAGAUGAGCGGGGACCUCGGGUGAUGGUGGUGGGCCCCACAGAUGUAGGCAAGUCAACAGUCUGCCGCCUGCUAUUGAAUUAUGCUGUGCGUCUUGGACGCCGGCCCACUUUUGUGGAGCUGGAUGUAGGCCAGGGCUCAAUCUCAAUCCCAGGCACUAUGGGAGCACUCUAUAUUGAGCGACCUGCAGAUGUUGAAGAAGGAUUCUCAGUUCAAGCCCCCCUGGUUUAUCAUUUUGGGUCCACCACCCCUGGCACAAACAUCAAACUCUAUAACAAAAUCACAUCUCGCUUGGCUGAUGUGUUUAAUCAGCGCUGUGAGGUGAACCGCAGAGCUUCAAUCAGUGGCUGUAUCAUCAAUACUUGUGGCUGGGUGAAGGGAUCUGGAUAUCAGGCACUUGUACAUGCUGCUUCUGCUUUUGAAGUUGAUGUUGUUGUAGUGUUGGAUCAGGAACGCCUCUACAACGAACUGAAGCGAGACCUGCCUCACUUUGUUCGAACUGUGCUGCUUCCCAAAUCAGGUGGAGUAGUGGAGCGCUCUAAAGAUUUCCGGCGGGAGUUUCGUGAUGAUCGCAUACGUGAAUACUUCUAUGGCUUCCGAGGAUGCUUCUAUCCACAUGCUUUUGAUGUCAAGUUCUCUGAUGUUAAGAUAUAUAAAGUGGGAGCUCCCACCAUCCCUGACUCGUGUCUGCCUCUGGGCAUGUCGCAGGAAGACAAUCAACUCAAGUUAGUACCAGUUACACCUGGCCGUGACAUGGUUCACCACCUAUUAAGUGUUAGUACUGCUGAUGGCACUGAUGAGAAUAUCUCUGAGACCAGUGUGGCUGGUUUCAUUGUGGUAACUGGAGUAGAUCUGGAACGCCAGGUGUUCACAGUGCUUUCACCAGCACCUCGCCCAUUGCCAAAGAAUUUCCUGCUCAUCAUGGACAUUCGUUUCAUGGAUCUCAAGUAAUGUCCAGACUGGAAGAACUCCACCAGGUCCCUGGUAGCUCCUUUACAAAUAAAAUUACAAUCCUAAAUGGAAUAAUUGCCAUACAAAAUAGAGCUGACAGAAAAGAGGAAUAAGAAGUUAGUACUGUACAAGUUGAAAGAAAAAAAAAUCCUAUUUUUUAUCAGCCAUUAGAAAGAACUCUUGAGCAUGAAGCUGAGAAGAUUCAUGGAUUUUGGCUCAUGAACAUCUAUAAUAGAUAAAAGAAUUGUGGGCUAGCCAGCUACUUUGUUUGUGUUUCCCUUUGGAUCUCUUUUCCUCUUAUGUUUUCAUUCUUCAAAACUGGGAUUCUGCCCAACAUGGGCAUCCAUGGGCAUCCAUCCAAAAUGUGAAAGCAUGGAAGUAGUUAGAGAUGUACACUCUGAGUGAUCCCUCUAUCCCUGAACUCCCCAUAUUUAUGGAGAAUAUCUGAAGAAUACAUAUAUUUGUAUUUUGCUGGCAUAGUUACAGAAUUCUACAGGAUUAGGAACUUUAAUUGCACUGAGGUUCCAAUUCUUAAGAACUAUAAUUGUGCUUUAAAUUAAGUUAUUCUCCAUCAUUUUGAGGAGGUUGGAGCAGAGUUUGUGAUCCCAGUUCCUUUUACAUUACAGAUCUUUUUUAAGCCUGAAGCUAUUGUCUUUCAGUAAAUUCCCAAAAUGUGAGUAGUUUCAUAUUUGUGUCCCUAUCUAUGUAACACUGUGAUUUCUAGGGCCUACAAGAACUGAAUUUAGAAAAGAAAUCUUACAAUCUUGCAAAUUAUUUUGCAUUUGCACUAGGGUUUUAUAAUAGAGAACAUAACCUUUACAUGCAAGAAACAUGAGAAUACAGAUUUCACAUUGUCCAAGUAGCCAAGAUACUCCCAUUUGUCCCUUUCUUGAUAGUAACAAAAAUCCUGUCAUCAGAUGACCCAGAAGAUUCCCUGCUGAUCCACUGGUAAUUCUUAUUUACUGAACUUCAGCAGCAUCUUUAAAACAAGUUUUAACAAAAUGCUGGUUCUUCCGAAAUCUAUAGAGUAACACUCCUCUCAAUAGACAAAACUUGCUAUUCUUCUCUGUUGGCCAAGAUAACUUUAUUUAGCCACUCAGGUAGGAGUGAAAUCUAACAAAUAAACAACAACCUUGGGGAGGGUUACAGUCUCCUCUACUAAAAUAUCAUUAUCUCAACAGCACACUUCUAUUUAAGGAUACUUUUACUCAGUAGUUUCUCACUAGAUUUAAUGACAUCAAGAGUGAUUGCAGUGGAGUAAUGACUGUUGUAACACUUUGCUAUGUUAUAGAAACAUUUGAAACAUAAUCAUUAAACUGGUUUGACUUUAAUCCAA